CGGGCGGGCGGCGCGGUGGUAAUGGCGGCCGCGGGCUGGGAGCGGAGUCUGCUGGAGAUCGGCAGCUCAGAGCGGCACUUCCCGGCGUGGCGGGAGCUGCGGCUGGAGACCGGAGUCAGUGCUGUUCCAGGCGUGAAGUACUCUGAUAGUGCUGGUGGAUUUUUCUAUGAAGAAAGUGGGAAGCUGCAGUCAGUCACCAGAAACCGCUUCAUACACUGGACCAGCUCCGGAGAUACGCUGCAGCUGCUGGAACAGUCGCUUGAUGCCAACCUGCUGAACAAUGCCGUGCGUCUAAAGAUCCCGCACUGUGCCCUGCUUCCGGGUGGCGUCCAUGUGCACGAGACCCAUGACCGAGUCACUCUCCUGAUCCUCACCAACCAGACAGUGCACAGGAUUGUGCUGCCGCACCCCUCCCGCAUGUACAGAAGUGAGCUGAUCAGUGAGGCUCACGUGCAGUCCAUCUUCACGGACAUCGGCAAAGUGAAUCUCCAGGAUCCCAGCAACAUGUGUGUUAUUCCCAGCAUUCCAGGACAUGCCUCCAGCUCCACAGCCUCUGCCUCUUGGCUGAACAAUGAAGGGGAAGCACUGUUUGCCCUGGCGUCAGGGUCCGGGGCCAUUCUGAUCAUCCGGCUCCCCGAGGCCGACUCUGAAGACGCGAUCUCGCUGCUGGAGCUGAAGCAGAGCUCAGUCAUGCAGAGGUUGCUCACAGGGUGGAUGCCAACUGCUAUCAGAGGUGAGCAGGGCCCCUCCGACCUGCCCGUCAGCCUGGCUGUCCAGCUGUUGGAACACGAUGCCUUUAUCUUCGCUCUCUGUCAGGAUCAUAAGCUGCGUCUCUGGUCCUACAAGGACCAACUGUGCCUGAUGGUGGCAGACCUGCUGGUCUUCAUGCCAGCGAAUAAAGAGUUGAAACACAUGGGCAGCUUGGGGCAUAAGCUGCGGCUGGCCUACUCCUCCACUGGCUUCUACCUUAGCGUCUACCUGCACUGCCCGAAGCGAGGACAGUUUUGUGUUUUCCAGCUUGUGAGCAGCAUUGAGAGCAGCCGGUACAGCCUGGAUCACAUCUCCACGCUCUUCUGUACACAGGAGGUGCUGGUGGACUUUGCUCUGACGCCCACUGAUAUCUGGGCCCUGUGGCAGGACGAGGAGAAUCAGGCCAGCGUUAAAUACAUCAACUUUGAGCAUAACAAUGCCGGGCAGUGGAACCAGGUCUUUGUGCAGCCUGUUGCUGAUGAAGAAAUCCACGUCCCGGAGGAUCAGGACCCCAAGGAGGCGUAUCUGGAUUAUCUCUUCGCUCCCGGACGCUUCACUCCCCAGGCUGUGCUGAAGGCUCUGCAGAUCUCCAGCCGCUGCGCUGAGAGGAUCCUGGAGCCGUCUGUGGCUGGAUUGAAAAAGGAAGUGACACUGGCUGUUGAAAGUGCGAUCCAAAACAGCGUGACGGAAUACGAGUUCUCUCAGGAAAUUUACCGCCAGCUGCAGGUGGAAUUCUGGUCUAAGUUCUAUGCCUGCUGUCUGCAGUACCAGGAGGUGCUGGCCCGGCCCCUGGCUCUGCUUGUCAACCCCCACACUAACAUGGUGUGUCUGCUGAAAAAGGGCUUCACGUCUUUCCUGUUCCCCUGCCCGCUCAUUGAUCACCUGUACAUGUCGUCAGACGAGCACCUGCUGGUGGAGGACGAGACCGCCAUCACAGACGAUCCAGACGUAGCAAAGGACCUGUUGCAAUUGGUGUACUGCCUCCGGCUAGUGGGAGACUCGAUCUCUCCCGAGAUGGCCUCGCUGAUGGAAAUGGCCGUCAGCCACCUGCAGUCCCCAGAGCGGGCCGCAGAGCAGGUCAUGCAGGACCUCCUGACCAGAGACACAAGUGACCUGAUGGAACUGCAGUGUAAGCUACAAGACAUCCGCAACCCAGCCCAUGUCAUUGGGCUCCUGCUGAGAGACAUGGACCUGGAGAGCGAAUUGGACAUUGGCGACGCCCAACCACUGCCAGUGAGGAUGAACCUGGCCCAGUUGUUCGGAGGCAGCAUUGGGGUCAGCGUGCUGUGCCAGGCGGCCUAUCACAUGUCAAGCACCCGCUUCCUGAUCUGCCGUGACCUCCUCAUACUCCAACAGCUCAUGCUACACCUCGGAGAGAACGCGGUGCUGGCCGGGGGAGGCUGCCUGUUACAGCUACAGCAGGAACUGAUGCCGCGCACCGGGCUCCUCCUCUCCUCUUACUAUGUGCUGCGCUGGGCCAGCCAGACCCUGGCCUCUGCCGUGCCUAUCGACACCCUGGAAUUGAACCUUCGUCAGUUGUCGGUGCUGGAGCUCUCGGACACCACAACAAUCACCUCACACCGAACAGUGACCAGCCCGCGGACGGUGGUGGAGUUGUUUUACCAGAAUGUGGCCAGAAAACAUAUCAUUUCCCGCCUCCUGUCUCAGCAAAACAGCCCCUUGAGCCAGGGAGCCCUCUGCUGGUCCCCACUCAGCAUGGCCAUCGCCAACCACCUGCUCCAGGCCCUAUGGGUUAAUAACAGCAGCUUCCUCUUCCCGGAGUUCCUGAUGGGUCACUGCCAGUACACACAACUCCAGGAGUACGUGCGGUUGCUGCAGCCCUGGUGUGAGGUGAACGUCGGUUCGCGCCGUUUCGCCCUGGCUCAGUGUUACCUCGUCACUGGGGAGGGCCACAAGGCUCUGGACUGUUUCUGUGAGGGAGCGGCCGCUGUGGGACGGGAAGAAUUCUUGGACAGACUGAUCCACACUGAGGAUGAGGAAGCCACAUCCACACCCAGACUGCAGUAUUACAACAAGGUGCUGCGUGUGCUGGAGGAUGUGGGGCUGCCGGAGCUGGUGCUGGAGUUGGCAGCCGUGGCUGUGAUUGAGGCCAAGGAUGACUGGAAAAUGCAGGCCACCCUGUGGACAAAGAUCUUCAAGCACCACCUGGAUCUCGGUCACAACAACCAGGCUUACGAGGCCCUGACUCAGAACCCGGACUCCAGCAGGCGCCUGGACUGUCUGCGGGAGCUGGUGGUGGUGCUGUGUGAGCGCUCACAGCUUCAACACCUUGUGCAGUUUCCUUAUGUCAACCUGCACGAUGAGGUUGUUGGAAUCAUCGAGUCCCGAGCUCGGGCUGUUGACCUCAUGGCUCACAAUUACUACGAGUUACUGUACGCGUUUCACAUCCAGCGACACAACUUCCGCAAAG